UAGGACUUGCUGCAUACGUCAUUUGGAUUUUCAAUGGCUCGCACACCUCGGCAAAAGAUCGUCUAAAACUUCGACAAUGAGUUUUUACGCGGAGCCGUUUGAAAGUCAUAGCAUUAGGUCACUUUUGACGUAGAGUUUUGGCGUGCUUACAACCGGCAAACAAAAGCUAAAAAGUUUAGCAACUAACGCGUUCGACGGCCUUAAUUUUCACCCAAACUCAUUUAUUUGACGUACGUGCUGAUAAAAUGUAUUUAGAACUGCAAAGCAGGCAGCGCGUGUAAAUAUUACUGUGAAAUGAUUUCGUAAUUUUCGCAACAAACGUGCGUCGCUGCCCGUGUCACUCGAGCAGACAGUUGCACCACACCUCCAGAAGGUGGCAGCAGCUCUCCGAAGGCGUCACAGAGAGGAUACCCGGCCGUCAACGUCACGCCCCCGCCGCCACCGCCACCGCCCACACUCGUGGUGCAAAUGACAACGCGCAGCUCGGCAGCCGCAUCGACCAGGCGCUCCAAAAAAGCGUCCACUCGGCUUCUCUUUUGCUGAAUCGGGCCUUUGGUGGCCUUUGGUGGCCUUUGGUAGCGCUGGCGAUGCGCAAAAUGAUGGAGACGAACAGAAAGCGUCGAUGUGGUUGCUAUGGCCACGGAACAAACGAUGACCCGCCGGGACUAUCCCUCACGGGACGGAGCCGUGCGCGUCUCACGUUACUUGCGCUCUGCUGGCGAUACGUCACAAGUGGAGCCUUGCCAUGCCAAAUAUUUGCCACAAACUUCCGGUCUAAAUCAAGCACUCGUGCAGGCGCACAGGACCCCCCCCCCCCCCCCCGUCCCCAAUUUGGUGUGCAGAGAUUCUAUCUGUGCCGGUGUCCCGUGUCACAGGAAGACGAGUGUGUGGAGUGGAGGUGCACGCCAAUGCAAAAGCCUUCACUCUUCCAGCCUCGCUGCAGGUCCCAAACGUUUCCAUUUGAUUGGCUGGCCACCAAAGGUAAACAAAUGGAAUAUAUGGGUGAGAAUCGGCCCAAAGCACGCGGCGGGUCCCUUAAGGCAGGAAUAAGUUCGUAAUGGAGUGGCGGCGCAGUGAUUCUUGCAGGUUGAGCACAGGUGCGUUUUAUUUUGAAAGUCAUACGAGGAAACUGUCCAUGUGUGUGCUUGCUUGCAGGCUCGGGCUGUGAAGGUGCAGGCAGCGCCCCCAUCGUGCUCAUUUCAAGUGUCUCUCUGGGACUCUUGGACACCCCCCCCCUUCCCCCACCUCCGCAUCCCCCACUCCUCUGUCUCUCUCUCUCGCUCUCUCCAUUUAUCUGUCCCUUCUUGUCCUCGUGCCAUCUCUCACUCGUGACUCAGUGUUUGGGGCGGAGUGGGGGUCUGCAGCAGUGAUGUCACGCCGCUGAGAGAUUAGAGCGUCGGGGCCAAGGUGAGUACACCGCGGAGUCCCUCCACUGGCCGGCCUUGCCCGCGGACGAGGCGGCGAAAGAUGCUCAUCGCCGGCGCUGCCACUCCAAGCUCGGACGCGCUCCCUCCCUCCCGCCGCUCGGAUCCCGGGCCAUGGCGCCUUGAGUCGCCUCCCCCACCACGCCAAAAGCCUGGGCCAUGCCGCAGGACAGGAAGUAGGACGAGCUGCGUUUCUAGGGCAGGUGUCCUCCGUGCGCCCCCUGCAGCUUCAUGGCGGCUGCGCAAAGGCGCCUCCGCCGCAGCGUGACGCUGCUGGCCGCGCUGGUACUCUGGACUUGCGCGUGGGGGGCGGUGGCCCCGAGCAGCGGCGGGGCCAACGGCACUGAGGUGGAGCGGCGCUGGGAGAUGCUUUUUGCGCGUUCCUACCUGGGCCUCGCCGGCGGGCGGGCGCAGCCCAGCUGGCAGAAUGACUACCUGCGCGGCAUCAAGCGGGUGCGCCGUCUCUACUGCAACGUGGGCAUCGGCUUCCACCUGCAGGUGCUCCCGGACGGACGCAUCGCCGGCUCGCACCUCGAGGACCCGCACAGUCUUCUCGAGAUCUCCAGCGUGGAGCGAGGAGUGGUCAGCCUGUUCGGCGUCAAGAGUGAGAUGUUUGUGGCCAUGAGCCGCAGGGGGAGGCUCUACGCUGCGAGGCUCUUUGGCGACGAGUGCAAGUUCAGGGAGACGCUGCUGGCCAACAACUACAACGCCUACGAGUCUUUUGUUUACAAGGGCUUCUACGUGGCCCUGAACCGGCAGGGGCGGCCGCGCCGAGGCGACAGGGCCACCACCUCCGCCACCGGCACCCACUUCCUCCCUCGGUUGUGACCGAUGCUGCUGGCGUUUGCACAUGCAGAUAUUUCCCCCCCCCCCCCUCCCAGGUAACGCCAAUGAACUUUGCAAAUGUGAGUCUGUUAGUGUAUCAAAGUAUAUUUGGAGAGCUGUCUUUCUAUAUGCGCUGCUUUCGGGGCCUUUGCAACUCUCACUCGGUGCUUGCUGCGCAACACUAUAUGGACACGCCUCUUGAUCAUUCUGUCCGACUUUGGUGACAGAGCACAAAACCUGACAGCAUGCUUCGAUGAAUUAGCUUUGGGCACAGGACACACAUCUGCAAUUCUUCCAAAAGUCACAAAGUGGUGCCUUGAGAUAUGACUUUGCUUAAUCUUUACAACCAAUCAUGAGAAUUACAAAUAGUGUAUUUAGAAUGAGCUGUAAAUGCGCUUUGCUAAAUGCUGUUAGUGACAAUGCAAAAAGCCAAAGAUGGGUGACGCAAUAAUGGAACUUUUCCCACAAAAUGUGACGAUUGUAGCUUACUGAGAAUCUGUGACAGUCUGUGUCAUUGCUACUGCCCCCUGGUGGCCAAGGUACACACAUCAGAAGACACAGCCCAAUGUCCAUAAACUGGCAAAAAGCAUACUUGUUAUUGAUGAUUUGUAUUUAUUAAUAGUUCAACAUUGUAUAUAAUAAUAUGAUUUAGUGCACGUUUUGAUCAAGUACAAUAUCAUAGCAUGCUUGAAGAGUGUUUUACAUUGCAAGCGUGGUCUUGGAACAAAUUCAACUUGUAUCUCAAGGCACCGCGUGCAGUCCAUAUAGUGUAUGUCGCUGAGACUGAAGAAGAGUGAUUCAGCUUAAAAUUCAAAGCAGCAAGUUCUGGAUGAAGGAUGCACGGAACAAAUUUGCGUGUGCGUGCGUGACAGAAUUUAAAUGCACUACUUUUGCUGUACGAUUUAAAAAGGUGCCUUGGUGCUCCCACUCGAGGCCCCCCCCCCCCCCUUCAACUUGCAUGUAAAGAGACACCGGGGUGAGGCAAAAAAUAGGAAUGACGAUCUGCUGCGGGCCUCAAGGAAGGGAGGGAGGGAGGGGUGGGGGUCCGUCUUUCUGAUGUAAUUAGCCCAGGCGGCCGCUCCGCCAACGCGGAAUGACGACCGGAGGUUGUGGGACCUCCAAAGUCCAACACAAUCUUUGAUGCUAGUUAUCCCCAAAGAGACACAAUGCAAUUGGAAAAUGUGGCCUCCAUGUUUGUGUUGGUGUGGUUCCUUGGCCUUCCCCCCAAUAUGUGCAGUAGCAGCCAGCAGUAAAAGACAAUGCGAAAACAAAUGCUCGUGUUGUCAACCCCCCCUCCCGGCUUUGCCCUUCGCUCAAUUCUAUCUGCAACAAACUUGUCCUUAGCCAAGCGCCAUUGCCCUUCUAUUUAUUCCCUUCCUGUUUGGGCGGCAAGCUACUUGGGUGUCAGUUUAUUGCACACCCUGCUGUUUGCCCCUGAAUGACUUAUGCCUCAAAUUCCACAUGCUCAACGUAUAGGGUGAAAAGCAUUUGUCCAACCUGUCUAAUGAGAGCACCUCUUUUGACCUCUAGCUCUCCCCCCCCCCAGCCCUUCUAUCUCUAACUUAUUGACUGCAUAAUCGGAAAAAAAGAACCUGUCCUCAAUAAAAGCAUCUUGAUCUAAAAGAGCGAAGUUUGCCAAUCCAAAUUCUUCCUCAUCAGCUGAAUGUCGACUGUCAUGUUUGCAUGAGCGCCUUCACCUGCUGCCUUAGUUUGAGUGUGGCUAAAAAGAAGGACAGAAAAGAAAAAAGAUUGACUGCUGCGAAAGCAAAGAGAGUUGGAGUCUUUAUUUUUGUAUGUAUGUGCUGUGCACAGCAGUCCACUGUAUUCCUCAGAUAAUAAAAACUUUGGAAGAACUCA